AUAAAUUGUAAGCGUUAACUUUUUAAUUGAACGAGUAUUUAAGAAAAAAAUACAAUGAAUUAAAUUGUGUUUCCUUUCACCUUUAUAAAUACCUUUAAGUGGAUUCUAAUAUAGACAAACAAUUUGAAUAUAUGGCCUUGAAACUUAACACAAUGGAUAGAAGAGCAUUGAUUGAAAAAUUCCAUCAAAUGGAUAAAAAUUGUGAUGGCGUUUUAACACCGUCUGAAAUUCGACUCUGUGUUCAGCGAUCCGGUCUACCGCCAUCGAAAGUUGAUGAAUUUCUACGUUUAUUCGAUUUAAGCGGUGAUAAUAUGAUUACACUUCAAGAAUAUAUUUGUGCGCUUGGUUUACAACCACCACCGCCAAAAGAUGUUGAACAAUGGAGGAGAACCUUUAAUGAAGUCGACCAAGAUAGAUCAGGACAAUUAUCACUAGAUGAAAUCAGAAACGUUUUACGGGAACUAGGAUAUCGUCGUGUAUCUGAGGACGCUUUAAAUCGUUGGAUGCAAAGUGUUGACAAGAAUUGUAAUCAAAUGAUUGACUUCUCUGAAUUCAGCGCAUUUCUUUACGAAAAUUGGCAAGAAUAAACCAGACUUUAACCGAGCGACCAGAUAUUUAUUUCCACAAAUACUUUCCUCUAACAAAAUUGAAAAUAUAACUACUACUGCUCUGUUGUAUCUGUAUUAUUUUAUAUUACAUAAACGUUUACAGAUGCGAACUACUAAUAGUAUGGUUUACCUUAUUGUCAUGAUAGUAAUAUGAAAAGUGAGAUACUUGUAAGUCAUGAUUUUUGAUUUAAUAAUUGGCAUGCGUGUUCAUUUUCUGGCAACGCAUUUCGGUUUUGUUGGUUUGUGGUUGAAGCAUUUUUAAGUUAAAAAAGAUUAAUAAUAGACAUAUAAUAAUCUAACUGCUACCUUCGUGUCAUCUUGAUAAAAUACCCUGAGAAUAUAAUGAUCUGUAACAAUUUUACAUUCUUUUCUGAAACUAGUUUAUUUCAGUCUAGAAGGAUGUUUGCCAAUGUACCUCAGGCUAAUCUACUAGAAUUAAACUGUCAUGGAUUUCAUUGGUGGUAGGCAUUACAAACUGACUUAAUCACUGUCCCGUCCAACUCCUGGGAGCAUGGUGUUUUUAGUAACGAACUGUACGUGGUUCCAAAUUUUUCAGCCAAUCCCUUGCUUCAACACUCUUUCGAAGCAGUUGUGCCAAAUUUGUACCUUCUAAGCGAACAAAAGCAACUAGAAGCUCGUUACCAGUAGACCUGAAACGAUUUGAUACAUCUUUUGGAGUAGAACUUCACCACACAUUGAGACUGCACAAUACAGAAAAUUGUGAGAGUAAACUGAAACACAUACUCAG